AUUGUUAUAGACGGCAGCGAUAAACUAUGGCAGAAACCGCACCAGCCGCCGCUCCUCCCGCCGAUCCGGCCGCAAAGUCCAAGAAGCAGCCGAAGAAAUCAGCCGCAGGGGGCGCUAAGAAAAGCCACAAACCCUCCGGUCCCAGCGUGUCCGAGCUGCUCGUUAAAGCCGUGUCCGCCUCUAAGGAGCGCAGUGGGGUGUCUCUGGCCGCCCUGAAGAAGGCUCUGGCUGCCGGAGGAUACGAUGUAGACAAGAACAACAGCCGCCUGAAGCUGGCCAUCAAGGGGCUGGUGACCAAGGGAACCCUGCUCCAGGUGAAAGGCAGCGGCGCCUCCGGAUCCUUCAAGAUCAACAAGAACCAGCUGGAGACUAAGGACAAGGCGGCCAAGAAACCUGCAGCAGCUAAGAAAGCGACCAAAUCCCCUAAGAAGCCAAAGAAGGCUCCGAGCGCGGCCAAGAAGUCUGCAGCGGCCAAGAGUCCGAAGAAAGCCAAGAAGCCUGCAGCGGCCAAGAGUCCGAAGAAAGCCAAGAAGCCUGCAGCGGCCAAGAGCCCCAAAAAGCCGAAGGCUGCUCCCAAGAAGGUGGCCAAGAGCCCGGCUAAGAAGGCGGCCAAACCCAAAGCUGCCAAGAGCCCGGCUAAGAAGGUGACUAAAGCCAAGAAGAGCGCGGCUAAGAAAUAAUCGGGAGCCUCGUCCUGUACUUAUCCCACAAAGGCUCUUUUCAGAGCCACCAC